GACUCGAGAGAAGCACGGAUUGAUCAAAACGCAAGGAAGCAUGUAACAAAUGGUAUUUUGAUUUGUUUGGCGAUCUCUUUUCUUUGAUCCUCUCCUCAUUUCAGCUCUUUACAGACAUUCUUGUGAUGGCCAUCUCUUCCGAUGGACGAUCAAACCAGAUUGUAUCCAUGAUAACUCUAACACUCAGCUGAGAAAAUCUCAAGAUCAAGCCUCUCUCAAUCAUUUCAUCAUCUGGGCUUCUUCUCCCAAAUCUGCUAGAAUUUUACCAGAGCUGGGUAUCUCUCGAAACUGCUAGAAAUUCAAUUUUACUAUCUGGGGGUGCCAGAAACUCGAUUUUACCAUCUGGGUUUCUACCAGAUCUGCUAGAAAUUUGAUUUGAUCACCUGGGUAGAGAACAGUAGACACCAAUGGCGCCCUUUUGUCAAUUCCCCAAAUGGGUGUUGAUAUCUUGUGUUUUUCUCCAAUUUGUUGAUGGGUUCUAUCUUCCUGGAAGUUAUCCCCACAAAUGCAAUGUGGGCGAUCAUCUCUAUCUCAAGGUGAAUUCGUUGUCAUCCAUUGAGACUGAGAUCCCCUACGCAUACUACAGCUUGCCAUUUUGCAAGCCUUUGGAAGGCAUCAAAGAUAGCGCAGAGAAUCUUGGGGAGCUACUAAUGGGAGACAGAAUUGAGAACUCUCCAUAUCGUUUCAAGAUGUACACCAACGAGACCCAGGUUUUUCUCUGCAAUUCAAAACCUUUAUCUGCUGAAGAAUUCAAGAUGUUGAAGGAGAGAAUUGAUGAAAUGUACCAGGUCAAUUUGAAUCUUGACAACCUUCCAGCCAUUAGAUUCAUGAAGAAAGACGGUUUCUUUCUUCGUUGGACUGGCUACCCGGUUGGGGUCAAAGUUCAAGAUGUUUACUAUGUGUUCAACCAUUUGAAAUUCACAGUUCUGGUCCAUAAGUACGAGGAGAACAGCAUGGCUGCCGUUACCCGGCUCGGUGACGGCGAUGAGUUGCUGCCGGUAGGCCAGAAGAAGCCUAGCAAUGAUUCGGAAGGUUAUAUGGUUGUUGGCUUUGAAUUGGCUCCUUGCAGCUUCCUUCACAAUCCUGAACAUGUGAAGAAUCUUAAGAUGUAUGACAAGUACCCUUCUCCAAUCCACUGUGAUCCAACUACAGUGGCAAUGCCCAUCAAGGAAGGGAAGCCGGUGACGUUUAGCUAUGAGGUCUCUUUUGUGGAGAGUGAUAUCAAGUGGUCCUUGAGAUGGGAUGCAUAUUUGAAGAUGGAAGGCUCCAAAGUCCAUUGGUUUUCCAUCCUCAAUUCCCUGACUGUGAUCACUUUUCUAGCAGGCAUAGUGUUCAUAAUCUUCAUGAGGACAAUUCGUCGCGAUUUGGCUCAUUACGAGGACCUUGACAAGGAGUCCCAGGCUCAGAUGAAUGAGGAGUUGUCUGGGUGGAAGCUUGUCGCAGCUGAUGUUUUUCGCGCUCCAACCAACCCGGUUCUUCUCUGUGUCAUGGUUGGGGAUGGCUUUCGGAUCCUAGGAAUGGCAUUGGUGACAAUUCUUUUUGCGGCUCUAGGGUUCAUGUCCCCAGCUUCGCGUGGCGCCCUUCUCUCAGGCAUGCUUCUCUUCUACACCCUCUGUGGAGUCCUGGCUGGUUUUGUUGCAGUUUGGCUGUUGAGGACAAUCAAAACUGGUGAUUCUAGUAGUUGGUUCUCUGUUUCCUGCAGGGUUUCUUGCUUCUUCCCUGGAAUCUCUUUUCUCAUACUAACCACCCUGAAUUUCCUCUUGUGGGGAAGCCACAGCACAGGGGCAAUCCCCAUUUCCACUUUCUUAGUUCUGCUCUUACUAUGGUUCUGCAUUUCAGUGCCCCUCACACUCAUUGGAGGAUUUGUAGGGAGCAGGGCCCCUUACCUUAAAUACCCAAUCCAAACCAAUCAAAUCCCCCGCGAAAUCCCAGCUCAGAGGAUCUCUUCAUGGAUCCUAGUUCUCGGAGCUGGGACUCUGCCAUUCGGGACCCUCUUCAUCGAGCUCUUCUUCAUCAUGUCGAGCCUCUGGCAAGGCCGCGUCUACUAUGUUUUUGGGUUCCUCUUGGUGGUUCUGAUCCUUCUAGUGGUGGUUUCGGCCGAGGUGUCUCUAGUCCUCACUUACAUGCACCUCUGUGUGGAAGAUUGGAGGUGGUGGUGGAAGUCCUUCUUCGCCCCUGGCUCGGUGGCCUUCUACAUCUUCUUGUACUCCAUUAACUACCUCAUCUUCUAUCUCAAGAGCCUCAGUGGUCCAGUCUCUGCAAUGCUUUACAUUGGCUAUUCUUUCUUCAUGGUCACUGCCAUUAUGCUGGCAACUGGUGCUGUUGGUUUCCUUUCUUCUUUCUUGUUUGCCUAUCAUCUUUUCUCAUCAGUGAAGAUAGAUUGAAGGCCUCAGGUCCACCAAUGUACGGCCGAGUCUCGUAUGUUUUGAUCUCGCUUUUCUUCUCCCCUUUGAUGUCUCAACAGCGAUCCAUCAAUUUUGCUUAUAGGAAUUAAGAUCAAGAUUGCACCAUAGCCUCCAUUCUGGAAGAUGUGAAGCAUGAUUGUUAACAGUAUAUUUAUCAAAGAAGGUGAUAUUUGUUCCGUUCAAUCUAGUAUUGCUGCAAGUUAAUAGUAGUUCUGCAUUUGAAUUUACCUUUUCAUCCGGCAACU